CCCUCUCCCUCCCUGGCACCAGUGCACCUUCACUCCCUCCUCUGUCCCCGCUCUCUCCUCUGACAAGACGCUGUCAGAACUUUGAUAAUCAUGUAUACAUGAUGGCGCCGAUACCUGAUACUUACAUCCAAGAGGAGACCGAAGACCCCGUAAUAUCCCGAGGGAGACCYGCUGCCCCCUCACCCUCCUUUUCCCAGCUGGGGUUUGACACGCCAGAUGAGCACCUUUCCACGCUCUUUAGGAACUUUGUGGACCAGCACUUUGUCUCUCAGAGGGUUCAGCAUCGCCACCUGCUCUCUCUCAGGAGCAUGGUGCAAAGUGUUGAAGAACAGAUCCUGCUGCGAGUCCCAARCAGGACUUUCAGCUCGUUUCAGCCGCAAGAUUUUCUGCUGGGUGAGGGGAGCAAGCCGAGGGUGAUUGGUGACGUCACGUUUUACAGCCUGUGCAGCACCAAGUUCCCAAAGAGGGAGCUCAGUUUGAGGGUGCUUAAACGGACAAACGAAGCUCCGACGACUCACAAACAUAACCAGCCGCCACACGUCAACGUGCAACAGGUCGUUGCUUCUUUCCAGCCGGGCGUCCUGAGAAACAGCACGACACAAGAACCCUCACCGGGUCCACACAGCUCCACUCAGCCAGCAGGUGGAGGCAGCACUCGGGGUUCUGCGGACUYGGUCCAGUCCUUCCUUCAGGGAGGACUGUGUGUGAGAGUUGAGCGGGAUCUACCGCGCGCCACCCUGGAGGACUUCGUGGAGGACAGCUGGUCCCUGCAGAGCUCAGAGGGUCAGGAUUACGACAGACAGGUGUGUGUUGUGUUGCUGCAGAUCUUAACGGGCUCCCAUCAUCUGUACAACAACAGCGCUGCUGCAGCUGAGCUCAGACCGAAGGAGAUCCUUCUGGUGUGGUCCGGGUGGGAGGGACGUACGGGAGGAAACCUGCUCAAAGGAGACGCCUGUGAGGGCCAGGGGGAUAUGAAGACAGAGGGGGUCCAAGUGUUGUGGAAGAGACACGGUUCUCCCCGUGUGGUACUGAUGCCGCAGUCUCCUGCGUUUGGGACCCCGCAGCCUCUGACCUCCAUCAAAUCCCAAAUAGGAAGCUUGAUUCAGUUCUGCCUCCGCCCAGCAGGAAGUCCCAAGGCCUCAGAUCAGCUUCAGUCUUCAUACCGGAGGGGGCUCCUUCACUUGUCCUCCGAGCUUCAGAGUGAAACUGGGCCCCAGAUGACGGAGGUGAUGGCCACGCUUCAGGUGCUCCUCUGGGGCCCACGGGUUUCCCUCUUCAGUCCCACAGGUCCCUCAGCCGGCGCCGUGCAGAACUGGCUAAUGGUCAAACGAGCCCUGCUGGUGAUGAAGCUGGCAGAGAGGGCACUGGUUCAGGACCAGUUCCCUCUGGACUGGGAGGACUGCAUGUGUCUGAAGUUUCUGUCAUUUGCUGACUCUGAAACCGUGGUGGGCGUGGCCACACAGCUGUGGAACGCUCUGAUCACAGAGUCGGGUUUAUAAUGGAGAGAGAGCAGCUAAAACAUGCAUUAUGAGCCUCAGCUGUCACUUCUAUUUCUGUUAGUAUUGAUGGAAAGCUCCUCAGAAAAUGCUGCACCACUUAAAACUGCUGAAAGCUUCCCAUCCUGAUCAGUUUUAUAAAUGACUGCAACCUCUACAAAUACGUUUGUUUUUAUUUAACACAUUUAGAUUUUAUCACUGCCUUUAUUGUUCCUUUCACUUGAAAAGGCAAAUCUUUCUUUCCACGUCUAAAUUUGUGAAAACCAUGUGACUUUUUUAUAAUGUGAUCAAUCUUCACAGAUUAGAAUUUCCAUUUAACUCACAACCACAAACACUUCUCUCUAUAGUGAGGACUUUUAUUUAGUAGUUACAACAUGCAGAUUUCUAUGCAGCAGAACAAAUUAAAAUCAUGCAACAUUAAAAAAAUAUAUCAACAGAGGAAUCAACUGAUACUUAAUAUGACAACAUCUACUUACACCAGUAUGGAUUUUAAUCGAUCAUAAAUAUGCAGUAAAGAUGAUCAGAACUCAGAGGGGAGGAGCAAAAAGUCAACAGAGGCGAGGAGGUUCUGCUCAGAUAUCAUGCGGGCCCUCGCUUCCUGCUGUAACAACAUCUUAGCCUAGUGCAAAUCUUAUCGAAAACACAGCACAUAGUGGGCAAAAGCAAAAAAAAAAAAAAA